UGUCCCUAAAUCUCUGACCAUACAGAGGAUCCUUAAACUUCCAGAUCAGUCUUCUUCGUGGCACACUUCUUGCCUGAAGUCUAAAUUCACCAAUGGCUAGUCUAUGAUAGGAGUGGGGGUACAUUCUUCACCAGGGAAGGCCUUUGCAUAUGUGUGUGUGUUGUCAAUGGAAAAAGAGCUGGUCUCUAACCAAGAUCCAAGGCUCCUUUAUUGGAAUUUUUGAACAUUAGCAAGGUAUUUGUGCAUGUUUGUGUAUGUGGGCAAUAUUCGGAAUCAGUGCAUGUGCAGAUUUGUAUGUCUUGUUUAAUGUAUGUAUACUCAUAGAUGUAGUUGCAUGUGUAAAUAUUGGUUUCAGAUUUUGGCAGAAGGCCAACAAUUUCGGGUGAGGAGUUAAGUCGAUCACAUCGACUCCAGUGUUCAACUGACACCGAAAGGAUAAAAGGUAAAGUCGACCUCGGUAGAAUUUGAACUCAGAACGUAGGAACGGACGAAAUGCCACCAAGUAUUGUGACUGGUACACUUACGAUUGUGUCAUUUCACUGCCAAAUGGAUGGAUAUUGAUUGUUCGGUUCUUUUAAUCUUUGUGUUGUUGGAAAUAUGACUAAGUAACAGGUUUAGUGGUUGCUGUUAGCAACGUAACUGCGGUACAAGAAAGCAGCAACAGCUUUGUGGAAAAUGUUUCCGUGUUUGUUUACGAAGUUCGUCGGACAUUGAAAUAGAAAAAAGAAAACAAUUUAACAGCGCUAAACAAUUUCACAGUCCUAGGGAAAAGUUUUGAGAUGGGCUCAACUGGUGAUCAGGUUAUCUUCGCACUGAAAACAGAAGACAAAAACCGUAACAACUCCAGGAUGAUAAAUAAACCAGAGAAACUCGAAACAACAGAGAAUUAUUUCAGAGAUGUGACUCUUGAGUUUCUUCAAGAGAAAUUUCGUGAUGAUGUCGUCUUUGAUAAACUAUUGUUUGUCUCCUUUAACAACCAGCAUCUACGGACACUGGGAGUUUUAAGCGAGUUGGUGACAAAUUUACAAGUUUGUAAUUUAUCUGGUAACUUCCUCAGUGAUAUUUCAAGUCUGAUGUUGUGUCCUAAUCUUCAGAAACUUGAUGUUCAUGGCAACCAGAUAACAGACCUUCCUGAUCAUUUGAAAUGGUCAAACAUGCAGAAUUUAGAAUUUCUUUAUCUUCAUGACAACGCUUUUGCAAGUUUUGGAGUUGUGAAAAGCAUAUCCGGAUGCCCGAAACUUGUUGCCCUCACAUUGUACGACACCCCUUUGAGCCUGUGGAUUGCCUACCGCCACAGCGUGGUCAACAGCCUGCAUUCAUUGAAGGCUUUGGAUCAGUUUGUCGUUGCAGAUGAGGAGAUUAUCAAUGAUCUUAAUCAGUCACAUCGAUUUGCUGCUUUUCGGAAGGAACUCAAAGUUGACCUUUGUCCUCAACAGACACAGCUUCAUUCUGAUGCAACUGAGUUUGAAGAGAUAAAGAAUUUAAAGAGGAAAAUUAACAAGAUAAUGGCACAUCACAGCCCCGUAAUCAUUAUUCAGAAAUGCAUUCGAGGUUUCCUCUCUCGGUGUCGGUCAGCAGCAGAUAUGCUUAAACAUGAAGCAAACCAUUUGGAGUUGACACAUCCUCUGGAAUUAACCAGCUCAACAAUUUAUUCUGUAUUGCUGCCACACAAAGAAGUGAAACAUCAAAGAGAAGGGCAAAAGCUACUCCAUCCAAAGUCAGAGCUGAUGCCAGUUCCAAUUUCCAUUCCCAGCUCAAAUAACAUUCCAAGUUCAAUAAGUAUCAGUUGUACGAGCAUUGAACAAGAUUAUCUCAAGGUCGCCCCAUGUGAGGACAGUUGCAGUUCUUAUGAAAACAUUGAUGAAACUGGGAAAAAACAGGAUAAAAAUAAGAAUGUUGCAAUAUUGCCAAACAAAAGGGACAAAAAACUGAACAAGCCGAAGAAGUUGAAGUGGCAAACUUUGAGAGAAAAAUCUGAAGACUAUUUUGCUUUUAGUUUUAUUGGCGAAGAUAUUCCGAUUUCCACUUUGCAUUUACAGGGAUACAGUAAGCCGAUUCAUCAAGUUUAUGCUUUCACCAAUAUGAUGAUGGAAAACCAACUUGUCAGCUCAGCUAUAAGAUCAGCACAUGACAGCUAUCAUAGAAUACCUAAUGUACCAAAACUGGAACCAAUGAAAAUUCCUGUGGAGGUGUUUCUGUCACAGAGGAAACAGAUGAGGAAAGAAAACAUGUAUAAAAGACUUUUUAAGCAUAUCAACAAGUCUUGUCUAUUUGCAGUUCAGAGGGCUUAUGAAGACCAGUGGCAAGCAGACAAAAACAAGAUUAAACUGGACACGGUGUACCAGCGAAAGAUCGAGGAGAAACAGAGGAGGCAAAAUUUUGAAGAAAGGGAACGCCAGAAAUAUUUCCAGAAGCUAGGGAAGAUUGAACAAGAAAAAUUACUGUUAAAUGGAGUAAUUGAGAAAAAAGCUGUAGAGAACAAGAAGCAAAUGGAAGUGUUGCAAAUGAAAAGGUUUGAUUCUUCUAAGAUAACGUUUGAGAGAGAAGCAGAAAGGAAGUUCACAAAAGAUUUUUCCUGCCAACAACUUUCUCUGUCAAGAUCUUUGUUACGACACAAUUAUGGGAAGUCUGCAAGUAAAGGGAACCAAUCAGAAACAUAUGUAGUGAAAUCGAUUCAUCUUAGCGAAGAAGAGCAGUUAAAAAAAAUCCAAAAUUACAUAAUUAACUCACAGAAAAGGAAACAGGUUGAGAACAAUAUUGCAAAAUGUGAAACGAUAGGUUCGCAACAUUUUGUCAAAUUAAACAACCCAGAAGAAUCAAAGAACCCAAUGGAACAUAUGGAAGCAAGUCAUUUGAAAGGUAGAGUAGGUGUAUAUCCAUUCUCGAUAGUAAGUUUGAACAAACUGAAUAAACUAAAAAUCAAGAAAACAUCUAAAAUGAAAAAUGGCAAUUCAAAUUUGGAAAACCACAUUGACAGAAGUUUGCUUGGAAAUCGAUAAUAAAAAAAUUAAAAAAUUAGAAGCUCA